AAUGUUUGUAGUGACUAAAAUUGGACAAGGGUAUUCUGCAGAGUAUUUAAUUCUUAAGAGUUUUUAGUGUCUAACUUGUGAAUCGAUGUGGUUAAUUGAUGGCAAUGAAGGUCUUCAAAUAAUAAUAGUCAUCUUUGUAUGAAAAUGAAAUAAAAAUAAUGCAGUUAUUAAGCAACAUUCCAGGAGUGAUUAGAGUAAGAGAAUGUGAAUGUGAUGGUUGUAUAAUGAUGGAUUACGCAAAAUAGGGGAAUCUAUUACAAUAUUUAAAGCUUGAGAAAUUCACUGAAGAAUUUUCAAGACAUUAUUUUAAGUAAAUAAUCUAAAGUAUAGUAUUUAUUAAAUGAUAGUAAUUUCUGAAAUCCAUAAAAAAGGAGUAGCUCACAGAGAUCUAAAAUUAGAAAAUAUAUUAUUGGAUGAUAAUUUCAAUAUUCUUAUAUGUGAUUUUGGAUAUGCAAUCAAAUUUUUAGAUGUUUAAGGCAAAAGAACUAAGAUUAAUACGUAUAUUAAUUUAUAUAUAUUCAGAUAUGUCGGUUCACCAUCAACAGCAGCUCCUGAAAUAUUUCUUCAAUAACCUUAUCAUGGAAUAGAAGCAGAUCUAUUUCAAUUAGGAGUGAUAUUAUUUUAGAUAACUGCAGGUUUCUGUCCAUUUUAGACAGCCAACAUUAAAACAGAUUAAGUAUAUUAAUUAAUUUACAGGUAUUGUAUUAUUGUAACUAUUUAAGAAAAUAGCACAAUAAAUUUUGGGAAGUUCAAUAAGUUGACUUUAGUCUUGAAUUGAAGGAUCUCAUCAUUAAAUUAUUGGCUUUCAAUCCUAAUUAAAGAUUAUCAGUAAAGAUUUAUAUAACUAUUUUAUUAGAUCUAAGAGAUAGAAUCACAUCCUUGGAUAUUGAAAUAGGGAGUUGAUGAUUCACUAAUUAUUAAUGAAAUGAGCAACAGAUAUAAAUAGAUACUACAAACAUCAUAAGAACAAGAAUAAUGA